AUGAUCGGAUUGGAGGCGUGGUUCGCCAACUUUUCGCAAAUCUCGAGCCGAUGGAUCACCGCCCAAUCUCUAGCCGACGUUCCCCGGCCCCACGUCGAAUACGCGAUAUUUGCGACGUUCAAAGCAGCUGAGAUGAUGAGCGUGCUAGGUUAGAGCGAUGAGAAUGUUCCCAUUGAAAGAACUGCAUUCAGGCGGUCUUGUUGCGCAUCCGAUCUACCGCUGGCAUUUAUCACGGAAAUUGCAAUCGCGUCCGGAGUUGGUCACUCCAAAUACGGAGAAAAUUAUUCGCAGCGCUUGUCGAAAGCUUCAGGUUCGUAUUCAAAAUCCAUUGCAAAACAUUACCAUGAUCCGUUCAGGGACGUUUCUUGAUCGCCGGCCUCGUCGCCGCCCCAUUUCUCAGUCGUCUUGAGACCCAUUUGUCGGGAAUGACGGAGAGCGAACUUAAGAACCGAUGUUAUUCUAUUAGAUGCAGCGCCGAAACACUGUCGCUGGUAAGAGCAUGACGUUUUUCAAGUGAGGAAUGCAUAGAUGUUUUGAGUUGAGUGCCGGCAGUUCGGGACAGGCUGCCAAAUUUACCCGGACAGUAACUGGUUGUCAAGUUGUUUCAACUGUCUAAAUUUCUUCUAUGGGUCAUAUUCGUUCAGUUUCGAGUCAUUUGAACCCACUAGACUACCUGAUACGAGCACUAGAAUCACUAAUGUCCAGAUUGCAGGAGUGCCCUUAUGGCGCCGCAAUCUGAACAUUUCUGACUUUACCCUUUACUCUGAUUACAAAGCUUACACUAUUUUUGUCUAUAACCUAACUGUUCAGGACCGCGCCGUACUCGUUUGCGGCUUCAUCGGCUGGUAUUGGCGUCGAUUCCAGGGCGCGGUUGACGGCAUCAACGUGGGCAUCGCCUACGCAAUGAUCAACAGUCAGUUCAUCGCGCCUCGCACGUCUCCGGUACUCAAGAACAGUGUCGACGAGGCGGAGAGGUUCGAGACUGUUGAGGCGAUGGAAGAGCAGAGAAGCAAGUUGAACAAGUUUCUCGCCGAGCAGGAUAGAAAGGAAGAGAAAGCUACAGGAGAUAAAUGA